AUGGGCAAUUCUGCAACCGACGGAAAGGCGGAUGCCGAUCGAGCUGCUCGCAAGGCCCAAAAGAAGGCUCGCAAAGCCGAGCGCAAGGUCAAUGAACAAUUGGCCAAAGAAGCUUCUGAUGAUGCCAAGAACCCCAUCUCAGGCAAGGAGGAGAAGCAGGAGAGUGACAAGAAGAAGAGUGACAAGCUUCUGGAGAAGCAGCUUUUGGAGGUUGAGAAAAAGCUUCUCCAGAAUUUGGCAGAGUCCAAGCAGCUUGAAGCCGAGGCCAAGCAGCUGCUCCAGCAGGCGGAAGACGCCGACAAGCUGGCCAAGCGCGUGGCAAAGGCUCUCAAGAAAACUACCGAGGAUGGUGACAGCCAAUUGCCUGCCAACCUCACGCGUGGCGACGAUGCCGAUUCUUCAGGCGACAAGGACGCCGAUGCCGUCGUGAAAGACACUGCUAAAUCUACCACGGCUACCGAGAAGGAGAACAGCGGCGAGAAGAAGAAGAAGAAAGAUAAGAAGAAGAAGUCCAAGUCCAAGUCUGAGGAGGGCAACGCCGUCGAAGAGAAAACAACCAGCGCCAAGACCAAAGCUGAUGGAAAGCGAAAGCGCGAAGACGAUAACGCUGAGCAACCAGCCAGCAAGAAAGAGAAGAAAGCCAAGGGAGGAGAGAAGGUUGCGCAGGCGACGACCGAGCAGGUCAAGAUUCAAGGCCUCGAGGGAGGAGCAGCUCGACAGGAUAAGUUCCUUAGACUGCUCGGAGGUAAGAAAGCUGGUGCCAAUGCCACCAAGCCAGGCAGCAUGGCUUCCAACCCGAGCAAAUCGGUCCGCGCCGAGGCAGCCAUCCAGCAGCAGUUCGAGGCUGGCAUGAUGCUCAAGGAAAGUGGCCACAAGCGCCGCGGCUUGGGUGCGUAG